CAAUGAUUCACAAUGGAGAAAUCUGCAGAAGCUGAAAGCGCUCCUAAGAAUGCGAGAAUGCAGUUGUGAAUGCUGUUCAGAAAGCGUCUCUGAGCAGGAUCUCCCACUGUUCUUUUCUGAUUUGACGCUUUAUUGAAUUGAUUGCCAGCGGCGCCGUUUGGGGCUAAAAGAAGCAUCCGGUGGGGACCUUGACCCAUCUUUCCGGGCAAAAAAGACUUGGGAGGAAAUGGAAGAAACGGAAGCAUGCUGGGAAGGCCUAGAACGCUUCAUGGAGUGGGCGAUGGUUCACCCUGACCUCGUCGCUGUUUUUGGCAAGGGCGGCUUGAGAAGGAUCGUGGCAGCUCGCCUACAUUCUUCAAGCGAGCCGAUCGUUCACGAAUUCGCAGAACACUGCAGGAGCACUCUAAAGGCAAAGCUCGUUGAGGAGCGCUCGCUUGCUUGGCAGCAGUCAUGGACCUUGCCCAACAUUCCGAGGAGUGAGGAAGAAGAGCAGACCUGGGUACAGUCUGCUCCAAAUUGUAUGCCCGUGCUACGAGCUGAAUUCAACAUUAGAAUAUUUGAAUGGCUGUACGGAGAGAGUCUGCCCAAGUUUGCUUUUGACUUUGAGAGCGAUGAGUACGAAGAACGGGACUGGUUCACAAUGCAAUCUCCUGCAAGGCUUCUAGCCGAGUUGGAAGUUCUUGCAAAGAUCAUCCGCAAGCCAGCGCAAUGGAUAUUUGAAAAUACUCUCGAUGAGAUCUCUGUCAGGGAUGGGCAGGGCCCGGGGUUUGCCACGGUACAUUUGCUUGGGCUAUAUGCACCAGGACACCAACUGGUUGGUAAUCACAAUGAAGUUCUGAGCUCAAUGCAAGAAGCGGGCUUGGGACCUGCGGACCUCAUGCCGCUCAGGGAAACAGUACUAGCGGACCUUCAACUCGUUUCGGAGAUUGUGGUGGAGAAAGACUUGCGGUAUGCUAACCAGUUUGACAUGUUUCCGGGGUUGGAACAAGUGGCAGGCUAUCAGUUUGGCCUUCGGAGGCACGAAGGUUCUAUACCUUUUGCUCUAGAUCAGCAUUUGUAG